UUGACCUCAAGACUCGUCCCCCGCAUUCGUCUUGCCGUCGUCAACGUUGCUUGUCAAUCCGUGACGCCUCGACGUCUCGGCUCCAGCUCAGGCUGGCCGGUGACCAAAGCUGGUGAGAGGGGAGAGCCACUCGAACUGGCACGUACGACAUGUGUGCGCUUGCGCCUCUACGACCCAGUUCCAGCCGUCCGAGACCGACGAAGAUAA